CAUAACAUGAAACAGAGGAAAGACAGCACAAAGAGUUUUACUUAGCUUCUUCAGUCCAUCGUCUCUUUACUUCAGAUUUGGAUCUGACCUUUAAAACCUCCAUCUAAACUAUAAUCUCUCUGCAUCACAAGAUUGAUCCCUUCAUCAGAAUACCAUCCAAUUCCAACGCAUAACAGCAUAAGACGCCAUCUUUCUUGACAUCCACGUAAGCUGCCACACCACCUGGGAGCCAUAUCACAGACCCAGCUUCAACUAUCAUAUCUUCAUCUCCGAAGGAAACCCAACUUUCCUCUGACUGACAAGACUGAAGGAGACUGGAGUAGACGCGCGGGGUCCACCAACCUAACUGCCACCUGUUCUCCAAUGGCCCGGCCCAUCUCAGCCCGUCGCUUACAAUGACGUAACUAUAAAUAUAUAUUUCUUUUUUGUUUUUUAUUAUUAGAAAGAAGCGCCAGAAAUUUAUUCGGAGUAUAAAUUUGCUUUCUUCCGCUUGAUUCUGCCGUCCGAUCAUCUCUCAAAACGGCGGCGUCACUCAGUAGAUCGUGAAACCAUUCGUUGUGCGUAAGACUCUGCCUCUCUUAAGGAUUCUAGAACCAGUUUUCGAGAGAGAAUUGAUAUCAGGAGGAUGAUGAGGUAAAAAAUAGCGUAGAGAGGAUGGAUGAUAGAGAAGGCUCGUUCGUAGCCGUCAGGCGUAUUUCUCAGGGUCUCGAACGUGGAACCCUUUACAAUUCCUCCUCUUCUCCUGAGGGUGUGCCUGGAUCAGCAGCUUGGUUAGGACGGGGUCUUUCUUGCGUCUGUGCUCAGCGAAGAGAUAGUGAUUCUCAUUCUACCUUUCAUCUUACACCUUCUCAGGAGGAAUGCUUGCAGAGGUUGCAGAACCGUAUUGAUGUAGCUUAUCACACCACAAUACCUCUGCAUCAGGAAGCUUUGAGGAAUCUGUGGAAACUUGCCUUUCCUGAAGAAGAGCUUCAUGGGUUGAUAUCUGAGCAGUGGAAAGAGAUGGGUUGGCAGGGCAAAGAUCCGUCUACAGAUUUUAGGGGUGGUGGUUUCAUAUCUCUUCAAAACUUGCUCUACUUCGCUAGAAACUUUCAGAAAACCUUCCAGGACCUUUUGAGGAAGCAGGUUGGGGAAAGGUCCGUAUGGGAAUAUCCUUUUGCUGUUGCUGGUAUCAAUAUAACCUUCAUGCUCAUUCAGAUGCUUGACCUUGAAGCAGUAAAACCUCGAACAAUUGUUGGGGCAACAUUUCUAAAGUUCCUUUCAAAGAACGAAUCAGCCUUUGACAUUCUUUAUUGCAUUGCAUUCAAGCUAAUGGAUCAGCAGUGGCUUUCAAUGCGUGCCUCAUACAUGGAAUUCAACACGGUGAUGAAAUCAACAAGGAGACAGCUGGAGAGAGAGCUGAUGCUGGAAGAUAUAACGCAUCUUGAAGACUUGCCCUCCUACGCUCUUCUCUCUCAAUAGUGUGUGGAGGGGAGGUUGGGAACAUGAAUCUCAAAUUGGUUGUGGUUAAAAGGGAGUGUGUAGUUAGAAAAAAAAUAAUGGGUUUGUUUCCUAACAAGGUUGAGGUUUUUUAGUAACUGUUUGUUAAUUGAUGUGUGGUGGUAAUAAAAUAUUUGGUUUAUCCCCAAAUCCAAAAGCAGUCUCCACCGUAAAAAGUAGGAUUCUUAUGGUGGCGGCUACGCUUGAUCUGUUUGUGUAAACGGUAAAGCUUUACCCAUUGGAUUACUUAUACAGAUAACAAAUUUGAGCUA